GGAAAUUAACAUAUUACUUAACUUUUAAAAAGUUAUCACCUUAUUGUUUUUCUAGAAAGAAGCUAUUGUGCUCCACAUGCAAGUUAAGCUACAAAAUUAGUCUUUUUUCCUAAAUGCUAAGGAAUUUUUAAUUUUGGAACUACAGUCAUGGAAAAAAAAUAUUAGACCACCCCCCUUGUUUUCUACUUGCUUUCUUGUUCAUUUUAAUGGCUGGUACAAGCAGAGGUACAUUUGUUUGGACAGAUAUAAUGAAAACAACAAAAAUAGCUCAUAAGGGUUUAAUUUAAGAGCUGAUAUCCAGCCAUUUCCCAUGGUUUUCUUGGUCAUGAUUUUGGUUAUUAUCAAGAAAACUAUGGAAAACGGCUUGGCGGUUACAUGUCCAGGUAUUGUUUGCCUCUUGUCACCGUUCACUACUUGUUUAGUUCUGUGUGAAACUAAUCUCUCUCUCAUGUUCUUCCAUAAACCUACGCUUCCAUCUGUCACCCUGUCAGCACAGGAAGAGAGGGGAGAUCUGCCGCAACAGGUGUUUUGAUGCUUCGUCAUGUAAGCUUCUCCAUCUGUCGGUAAUGUACCAUUAUAACCUCACUCACUGUCCCCUUUCUUUCUUUCUCCCUCCACCUUUGUCUGUGAAUGAAUGAAAGAACCUGCUGGAGUGCUCUACAGCCAAAAGUGAGCUUGUUGGGCGUCCAAGACCAGACCCUGGAUACACCAAGAUACAAGAUUAAAAAGGAUAAAGGGAACCUACCUCUUGGCUAAACUUGUGCUUAAAUUGUCAGACAGAAAUGCUGGGACCCUCAGAGCCCCUGUAGUGGUCAGAAGUAGAAGGUGAUAUAUGAGCAGUUAAAAACUCCAUUUCCAGUAGUUCAUACUUUUUAAAAUUGGUCCUCUGUAAUAUUACAUUUUUUUGGGACAUUGAAUUUUAGGUCUUCAUAAAAUGUAAACCAUAAUCAUUAUAAUUAUUCUGUGUGUAAUUUAUCUAUAUAAUGUGUUAUCUCCACUUGAAUUUAAUUAACUACAUAAAUAUACCUUUCUAGUUGCUGUUUGACUUAACCCUUGUGCCUCACUUUAAAGAUGUUACCCUUAUAUCCCUAAAGGACGGAACUUUUUAAAAAUGCCUUAAAAUUAUAUAUUAGCAUUACUCUUUCACUGAGUUAAAUCUUUAAAUCAACUUCAGUCUUAAUCAUAACUAAAAAAUAUUUGUUCAUUUUUAGAAUUUUAACCCUUUAAAUGAGAGUUGUUUCCAUUAAGCCACUGUUUUUAAAUUGCUUCUUUUUUUUCUUUUUACAAAUUUUUGUAUGCUAGGGAUAUUUUUUUCACUAGGAUAUGUACAGGUGCAUCUCAAUAAAUGAGGAUAUCACAGAAAGUUUAUUUAUGUAGUUAAUUAAAUUCAAGUGGAAAUAACAUAAUAGAGAUCCAUUACACACAGAAUGAAACAUUUCAUGUCUUAAUUUAUUCAAUUUCUUCUAAUUAUAACGUUUAUAGCUUACAUUUAAUGAAGACCUAAAAUUCAGUGUCUCAAAAAAAAAGAAUAUUACAAAAAAACAAUUUUAAAAGUAUAUUUAAUAUGGAAAUGUUGGCCUCUGAAAAGUAUGUCCAUCUAUACCUACCGGUACUUGGUUGGGGCUAUCUGACUUGAACUACUGGUAAUGGACUUUUCCAUCAUAUUCUAAUGUAUUGAGAUGCACCUGUAUGAUAUAUGAUUAGCCACAACAUUGAUUUUGAUGUAUUGUAUCAAACAGUACGGUGCUCCAUUAUACAGCAGCAAUAACCCCCAGAGGAAACCAGGAAACCCGCAUGUAUUAGCCCCAUAGGACAAACGUGAGAAAAUGGUUAAAUUCUGUGAAAAAUAGUAAAAAAUUAGAAUGUUGAAGCCAGGACUCCAGAUUGAAAGCAUACUAUAAUGGAUGAAUGUAUGCUGUAGUGGUUGUGGGGUCAAAAAUUGUGGAUUUUAUGUGUUUCAUUGGAAAAAAAAAUUGUCCUUAAAUGUAUGAGUGUCUGUAUUUUGGCAACACAGUUUAUUAUAGGAGCUAAGGUUGAACCUACAAAGUAAAAAAUGCUCACAACCUUGCCAAAAUAUAUCCCAUAUGCAUUAACACAUAGCCAAAACUGAUCAGAGAAUAAAAAGCCAGAAAUGCCCCUAGUGAUGUACAGAAUAAUCUCUAAACCUUUGUUGGGAAUUUCACAUUUACAAGUACAGGAUUAUAAGUCUGUUAUCUUGGAUCCCUGAUUUGGAUUUAGUAGGACCAUUCAGAAGAAUCAGAGCCAGUUAUAGAAAUGUGAAUGAAUGAGGAGUGUUAUCUCUCUUGACCUGGAUUCAGUUCUGGGUGAAUGAAUCAGUGAAUUGAAGGACUCAUUCAACUUUGUGACUCAGAGGCUUAAUGUUUCCGGUGAAUGAAGCCGUCCAGGAAGAAAUCCUCUCUGCGUCACGGAUGUGCCACCUUCCAACUUUUUGUCUGUUGAUGCUCCAUCUGUCUGAAUGAUCACAUCAGCUGUUACUUAAACACAACUAUACAGGUCUUUACUAAGAAAAAAUUGAAAAUGUGACUUUUGAACUUAGAUCAAAUAGCAUAUAUAAAGUCAAACCCCUCACCGUGAACAUGAGUUAUAUGAGCUGUUUUAGUUAAAUGUAAACAAGCAGUUGCUGUCCUGUAGAGGUUUGUUUGGCAGUGCUCCGUCACUAAUGAGAUAAACUCUCACGUCUUCAGCUAAUCCGGUUUGAGGAGCAGCGAGGUCAUCAGUCAAAUCCCCAUAAGAGCAGUCGGUGAGAGAGCAGAGGUGUAUACAUGUGCAGAACACUGAAGAACUGGACGCAAUGCGAUGAAUGGACUCUACACUUUGCAGCUUUGACAAAUGAUACACAUCAGCUGAUUGUGUCUGCAGGAGCAUCACUUGCUGAUUUCUUCGUUUGAAAGUAAAGAGCAACAACGCCGACUUUGGUCCUGAACUUUAGUCAGUGUUUAAUCAUUUGAACCACAUCAGAACCUAGGAACUCCAAGCACCACACAACAACAACACCAGCGCCGGACGACUGUUGAAAUGGAUUCCCUCAUGUCGUUGGGCGCCCCGCUGAAGCAGUUCACCAGCUGCGUGUCCGGGAAAAGCACCUCCACCAAGAGAGGGGCCAAGGGCAGCCAGUCCGUCCGCAGAAGCAGCUUCACCCGCAGGAAGAGCGUCAGCAGGAGGAGAAGCCUUCCCUGCAGCAGCCAGAAGGUCCCGGACUCCUGGCUCAGAAUGUACCAGGCUGAACUGAAGAGAGAAAGGAAACGACAGCAAGCCAUACUGGCCAAGAAGAACGCAGAGAGGACGGUCAGAAAGACGCACUUCAGGAGCCACCACUGCCUCCCGAGGCAGACCACCUCUGCCAGAAAACCAGCCUCAGUGAAGGAUGAUUCGUUCUUCGGAGCCUUCCAGGGCCUCAGUUUGGAUGAACUGCUGGGAGGGAGCAGUGGAUCUUCAGCUGUCUCUGUGCCUGCUGCUGCUGGUGGCGGAGAUCCAUGCAAAGUCAUGUGAAAGCUACUUUAACAUUAAAGGAUAAUCGGACUGUUCAGAUGAUCCUCAUGAUGCUUGAGAGACUUGAAGGACUAAGGGCUCAUGGCAGAAAGGUGACUUGAGUUGAAAAUGCCGUAACAAAGAGGCUCACACCAUCACAACCCAAGAAAAAGGGGACAUGCAAGCUUCAUUAGGUUUUUUCCUUUUUAGAAAAAUUAAUAUUGCUUUUUAUUGUUGAACUCUGUAUCAGGCUUUGUUUCAUUUAUCCACUUGUUUUUAUGAAAUAUGAAUAAAAAAAAUCUACUGAAACGUCUGCCUUUAAUAAAUACAUAUAGGUGA